AUGGCGUGGCAUGAAAGCAGUCACUAUGAGUUGGGCAGUGUGCAUCGCUCGGACCUCAGCCGCGACAUCUCUUGUACCAGUGGCGUAAAGCAAGGCUGUGUCAUCGCACCAAGUUUGUGGACCUUGUUCACUUGCUAUGUUGGAGCCAAAUUCAGUGAGCACAGAGAUGCAGCAUGGAUCGCUGCUCACUUGACUCUUUUUGCUGAUGACUUUCACUUCAAGUGGCAGCUGGACUCUCAGAAAGACUGUCGACGGGUUCUUGAGGACUUGCGUCUGAUCUUUGAGGUACUACAGGACCACGGUCUAACGAUCAACCCGGCCAAGUCCUCCUUCCUUGUGGAGGUACGUGGUCCUGAAGGGGAUGCAUGGCUUCGCAAACAUCGGAUGCGUGAUGCAGAAGGCAAUUGGCAGUUUGUUUGGGACCUGCUCCGUCGCUUGAAGGUGCCCAUCGUGCGAUCCUUUCGGUAUUUGGGCGUCAUGCUCUCAUAUCAUGCUUUCGAAGAUGAGACUAUGCACUUUCGCUUGCAACCGGCCCAGCAACAUCGCAAUCGCCUGUCUCGCACCCUGCAGGGUAGAGGUGGGCUCCGGCUCGAGCAACGCCGACGCAUAUGGUUGGUAUGUGUUCAGACCUCCCAACUCUAUGGCCUUGGCGCGGUGGGCGUUACGGAGGCGGGCUACAAUUUGUUGCAUAUCCAAACGGUGAAGCAUAUUCGAGCCUUUGCCAAAUCCUCGCGGCACCUCACCCAGGAAUCUGACCGCUCUCUUUUGGCCAGGCUUGGACUCUGCGCUCCGUUACAGACUUUGAUGCAACAGGUGGAUGGGCUCUGUCAUCGCUUGGAGCAGCCUGACUCAAGCACGCUUCCAUGUUUUGAUACUGCAGGCCUGCUGGGAUGGUUCCAGGGUAUUCGCUGCUUCAUGGCGCAGUAUCAAUUUCAGCAUGAACUACCAUCGCAUCAGCUUGAGUCUAAGGGCAUUCUUGGAUUUGUUCUGCGCCACCAGGGCAUUCUGAGGUUCUUUUCGGGGGCAGAGGUUGCAGCAUUGCAUGGGGCUGUCAGGCCCAUUCUACUUCAGGAGAACCGUCGAUCCCAGAUGAGGUUGCUUGGUAAUAGCCUGGCAGUUCCACAGGCUGCUGCGGGUCUUGCUUACGCGUGUCAUGCCCUGGGUUGCAAAGGCACACCGGAACCGGCUAAGGCUGUUGCAGGCUGCUUGUCAGCCCGUGUCCACAAUGCCAAUGCUUUCUUCUUACCCCGAGGAGCUGAUUGGAUCUUGUGCCGCAAGGACCAGGUGACUGAAGUGUUGGCGUCCAGCGCCAUUCGGCCCCUACCGCCACCCGGUCGGACAGCGCCCAUUGAUUUUGUGCCACUUACAUUCCAAAACGGUAAUGCUGAGGUCACUUUGUAUGCACCCACUGGCGCCCAGGCUCUUCGAGUCUUUGCACAUCUAGGUGUCGCGCACAUUGCGCCCAUGCUGCCAGCUGCUGCGCAUGAUCGCCUGCACGCCUUGAGACUGAGUGUAGACUCACUGCCAGGCUUGGACGGCUCAGGCUUUCAAGGUGGCAGUGCCAAUCGGGAAGGCCUUUGCACUGUCUUGGUUUAUGGCGGAGUCUUUGUCAUUGACACAUGGUCCCCACGAAUGUGGACACAACUGCUCAAUGUCUUCGAUUUCCUCACCUCAGAGGCUGAGGAUCUUUGCUGCUGGAACCCCUCAGGGCAGAAAUUGCGGUUUGCUGAUGAUUUUGAGGGCUGUGUCAUUGCAGGCACAUCGCCGGCUGAGGCCCCUGAGCUGCCCCUUAGCUUGCUUGCCCAGUGUGUGCCACAUCUCCAGGUCACGUUCCAGGACCAUACAGCCCGCCUGCAGUGCCCGCCGGCCUCAGCCACGUAA